AUGGCCGAAAUCGACUCUCUGCUGCAAACCGUCAUGUUCACAAUAUAUGGUAAUCAAUACGAGAGCCGAGAAGAACACCUCCUGCUGACCAUGUUCCAAUCUGUACUGACAUACCAAUUUGAUAAUACUCCCGAUUAUUCCUCCUUAUUGCGGGCCAACACUCCCGUUUCGCGCAUGAUGACGACUUACACCAGGCGCGGACCAGGACAAAGCUACUUGAAGGUCGUACUGCAAGACAAGAUCAAUCCGGUAAUUGAACUCAAGGACGUGGACCUGGAAAUUAACCCACUGAAAGUGUACGCAAACAUGAUUGAAAGGGAAGAGGAAGACCCUGGCAGUGUUUCUGACUCACUUCCAAGAGGCGUGACGGCCGAAGAAGCCGCAGAGAACCCGCGUGUUCAGGAGAUCAUUGCACCAAGACUCAUGAAGCUAAUUGAACUUGCGAAUUCGUUCCUGGAGAAAAUCAUCCAAGGGCUGGAUGAGACACCAUAUGGUAUACGGUGGAUUUGCAAACAGAUUCGCAGCUUGUCGAAAAGAAAGUAUCCUGAUGCAAACGACCAAACAGUUUGUACCCUCAUUGGGGGUUUCUUCUUUCUAAGAUUCAUUAACCCGGCUAUCGUCACCCCGAGAUCCUACAUGCUCAUCGACGGUCAGCCCGCAGAGAAUCCGAGGCGGACGUUGACGUACAUAGCCAAGAUGUUGCAGAAUUUGGCGAACAAGCCGUCAUACGCCAAGGAGCCGUACAUGUUGAAGCUUCAACCUUUCAUCCAUCAGAACAAAGAGCGAGUUAACAAAUUCAUGUUGGACCUCUGCGAGGUGCAAGAUUUCUAUGAAAGCCUAGAAAUGGACAACUAUGUUGCUCUUUCCAAAAAGGAUCUUGAGCUGUCAAUCACGCUCAAUGAAGUCUACGCCACACAUGCAUUGCUCGAAAAGCAUAGCGCUGCGCUUGGGAAGGACGACGACUCGCACCUGAAUGUCAUCCUCCAAGAGCUUGGUCCAGCCCCGGCUCAGCUACUAAGGAAAGAAAACCGUGCGAUUAAUCUGCCCCUCUUCAGCAAAUGGGAGCACGCCAUCGACGAUCUCACCGCUGCUCUUGACAUCACCCAAGAAGAAGUCUACUUCAUGGAAGCAAAGGCAACCUUUGUACAAAUCUUGAGGUCGCUUCCACCUAAUUCAUCUGUCGGCCGGCGGCCUUUACGCCUUGACCGCGUUGCUGAAGCAGCGGCGACGCUGAAGAACGAUGCCGUCAUGGUACGUAAGGGCAUCAGAAGUAUGGAACUUCUGAGCCAAUUGCAGGAGCUCCGCGUUGUUGAUAAAUCGGACGGCUUCUCGCUUCUUCGAGAUGAAGUCGAAUCCGAACUCAUUCACCUCGGCUCUCUCAAAGAGAAGGUGCUCGAAGAAACCAAGAAGCUCGAAGAGGUCUUCCGCACCAUUCGAGACCAUAAUAGCUACCUCGUAGGGCAGUUAGAAACUUACAAGUCUUACUUGCACAAUGUUCGGAGCCAGAGCGAGGGCAAGAGCAGAGGCAAGCAGAAGGUGCAGGCACUGGGACCAUAUAAAUUUACGCAUCAGCAGUUAGAGAAAGAGGGCGUUAUCCAACGGAGUAAUGUGCCCGAGAACCGCCGAGCUAAUAUCUUUUUCAAUUUUAACAGUCCGUUGCCCGGGACGUUCGUCAUCAGUCUCCAUUACAAAGGGCGAAAUCGCGGUCUACUCGAACUGGAUCUCAAGCUCGAUGAUCUUCUUGAAAUGCAGAAGGAUAAUACGGAGGCGCUCGAUCUGGAAUACGUCCAAUUCAACGUAACAAAGGUUCUGGCGUUGCUGAACAAGCGCUUCGCACGUAAGAAGGGAUGGUAA